AUGGCUGCUAGGGGUCCGUCCACCGCACAGAGUCGCCCUGAUAUGGGCGAUACUCUGAUGGUCAUUCACGACUUUAUAGCUAGGAGCUCGGACGAAUUAAGCCUCUCCAAGGGUGAUCGGGUUGAACUGGUUGAACGAGACGAUGAGUUCGGUGACGGAUGGUUUCUUGGACGACAUCUUGGCAACGGGAAUACAGGCCUUUUCCCCGAAGUGUAUACUCGGCCAGCACCUAAAGCUACAGCGACCCCGACGCACCCAUCGGCGACACCCCUUUCCCCUCUCCCCGAAGUUACUCACGAUGCAACGCCCUCCUCUCCCGCCCAGCAAGAAGAAAAGAAGACAGAGACACCCUCAAUGCCUGGUCACUCUACCCCCAAAACUGAGGACACACCGGUAACGUUACCCCUAAGCUCAGCGAAGCCGGAUUCUUUGGCUCCUUCACCUGCGGUCAAGCAAGGCCCCGAAGGUCUCGCUCGACUGAACAACCCUAGCCAAGACAGCCAGGUCUUGAACGAGACUCUCAACGUUAUCAACGAGCACAUCACCAAUCUCCGAUCGCCAGCGAGCAGCAGUGCUUUGCCCUCGAUUGCACCAGACUCGAGUAGCGAGUACAGCGCACCCCUGGAUCGCCUAUCGUACAUACACGGUGAAGAGACUGAUGAAGAGGAAGAGGGUGCUCACACUCGGUUGGAGGUGGAGUCCUGGACACCCGAUCAAGUGGCUGAGCACCUUUUUACGUCUGGAGUCGAGAAACACCACUGUGAGGUAUUCCGAGACCAGGAGAUCUCUGGAGAGGUUCUUCUGGGGAUGGACCAGAGCUCUCUGUUUAUCAAGGCAUUUGAUCUUGGAUCUGUUGGUCGUCGUUUGAAGACAUGGCACAAAAUCAAGUCUCUUCAAGAUGAGGUCAACGGCAUAGCAACUCGCAGAACGACCAGGGGAAGCGAUAGGUCAUCCGACAUGACUCCUCGGACUCGUGGGCGGACGAGCACCGUGACAAGCGCCACGACGAACCCGCCAAUGACCAUCCAGACCCAGCGACUGUCUAUUAAUCACACUCCUCCAGCACUGACGCCCAACUCAACAACCACACAAGACAGCUCUUUGCACUCAGGGCAUCACAAGCGACCGUCAGCUGCUUCCGUUCGCGAUCUACACCACUCGCGCCGUCACUCCUCGACUGACUACCAUCUGAAUGCCGGUUCGACUCCCAGACUGGCAAGCAAUGGCACAUUCCCUGGUGCUGUUGACCCAAUGCCACACAAGAAACAACCUUCCUUCGACCGAAACUGGAACCUAGGAAGCGCUUUUGCCCAAACAACAUCUCCACGCCCCAUUUCUUCCGCCGGUGCACGAGGAAUUGCUGGAGGGUCUGAUGUCGAUCUUCAGGACCCUGCUGUCGAUCUCGAGCGGGGAUACUUUUCUGGCACCGAUGCAGACGGCAGGACACGUACCAAUCUUCGAAAGCGUGACAGUGCGGCUCGCUCAAACAGGGGGAGCUAUGCUGAGGAACAAAGAGUGCGAAGCGCGACGGCAUUGUCCAGGCACUCCCGAUAUGGAAGUGUUGACUCGUACCGUGAGGGUGCGCAGUCUGCUGCACAAAAGUAUUUUGGCGCUCAGCCUGGACUUCACCGAAGGACGACAUCUACCAAUGCACCGGCACCCGAAUCACCGCGAAUUUCCACCUCAGUCAAGGACAAUCCCUCACCCACUGUUACGAGGUUGGACACUUCUCGAGGUUCCGACUCGUCCAAGGGGCCGCCAACUCCAGCUAAAGACUCAGACUGGCUUUCAUCAUUGAUUAACAAGCCCAUGUCGAAAUCUGGUGGAUUUGGGAUGCGAGCAAUUUCUGAUAAUUUAAGCUUCGACCGAUCUAAAGCAUCAUCUGUUGAUUUUAAGGACAAGGACCCCUCAAUAACCUCUCCAACGAGGACUGGUUCGACUACUCCCUCAGGAGGGGCGAGCUUGGAACUCGAGUCCCCUGAUAUGACCAAGAGCCCUGGUGCGACCAACACUCCUGCAAGUCGAAAUAGGGGACGGAAGACGAAGAAGGAGACAAGUGCUUACACUAAAGGACUUUUAAAAAUAAGUCCAAAGGAGGCGAUCAAGGAUGCCGAUUACAGUGGCUGGAUGAGAAAGAAGAGCUCCAACCUCAUGACCACCUGGAAACCCCGUUUCUUCGUCCUCAAGGGCCGCCGCCUCUCUUAUUACUACUCGGAGGACGACGACAGCGAAAAGGGCCUCAUCGAUAUCUCUUUCCAUCGCGUGCUCCCUGCAGACAAUGAGAAAUUGACUGGGCUCCACGCUACUAUCACUGGGGCCUCACUCACUUCUCCUACCCCCGAUGGCGAUGAGCCUGUGGAGAAGGGUGACGACGCCAUUUUCAUCUUCAAGUUGACCCCCCCUCGAGCUGGCCUCUCCCGAGCUGUUCACUUCACAAAGCCUACGGUGCAUUAUUUCGCCGUUCCCAACUUGAAGCAAGGCCGAUUAUGGAUGGCUGCGAUGAUGAAAGCCACGAUCGACCGCGACGAUUCACAACCUGUCACAUCUACGUACCAGCACAAGAUCAUUUCUCUGGCCAAAGCUAAACAGAUGCGUCAUCGCCCGCCCGCUCUGAUGGGACUCGAAGAAGCAGCCGGAGAGGAUGGCCAGCGAAACGAAGGCAGGAAGGACUCAAACGGCCUCGGCAUAUUCAGCGAGGCCGACAGCGGUGUUGCUGGCAUGGAGAAGGGAAAAGCCCAGCGAACAUCAGAGGAGGAGGCCGAAUAG